AUGAGGAGAGGGGGGAGCAGCAUCGGGAUUGCGCCCCCGAACGCACAGCGCAGCCCCGAGCCGGCCCAGCCCGCAGCACCCCGGGGCGCAGGCGGGGAGGGAGGGACGCGGGGCUCCUCUCCCCGCGCUGGGGAAGCGCAGGUCGCAGCUCCGGCCGCGCUGCUGGGCCGGGGCGGCAAAUUCCCCAGCCCCGAUGUCACUUCGAAUCCAUUGCGCGGGGAGCGCGCCCCCUCGGUGUGUCCGCGCAGAGCCCCCGGCUACCGCAAACCGCAGCCUCCCUCGGAGGGAGAGCGAACGGGGAGUGCGGCGAGGACGCAUUUUCGGAGGCGCGAUGGCUCCCGGGGAGCAGAGGGCGAGGAUGGCGGCGGGGCCGGUGCCAGGGCCGGAGCCGGGUCGGGGAGCGGUCGGCCCUGCGCGGAUGGGAGCGGAACGGAGCGGAACGGCGGCGCUGCGCGGGGCGGAGGGCAGCGGUGCGCUCGGGCUCUCGGCGGGGGCUGCGCGGGUCGGGAGGGAGCGGAGGGUGCUAUGGUGGGCGCUGUGCUUCCCGCAGGUCACAGCGGCGUGAACCAGCUCGGCGGGGUGUUCGUCAACGGGAGGCCGCUGCCCGACUCCACGCGGCAGAAGAUCGUGGAACUCGCUCACAGCGGCGCCCGGCCCUGCGACAUCUCCCGGAUCCUGCAGACCCAUGCAGAUGCAAAAGUCCAAGUGCUGGACAAUCAAAACGUGUCGAAUGGAUGUGUGAGUAAAAUUUUGGGCAGGUAUUACGAAACUGGCUCCAUCAGACCCAGGGCAAUCGGAGGUAGUAAACCGAGAGUAGCGACUCCAGAAGUUGUAAGCAAAAUAGCGCAGUAUAAACGAGAGUGCCCCUCCAUCUUUGCGUGGGAGAUUCGAGACAGAUUACUAUCAGAGGGGGUCUGUACCAACGAUAAUAUACCCAGUGUGUCGUCGAUAAACAGAGUCCUACGCAACCUGGCUAGCGAAAAGCAACAGAUGGGUGCCGACGGGAUGUACGACAAGCUAAGGAUGCUCAACGGGCAGACGGGGACCUGGGGCACCCGACCCGGCUGGUAUCCCGGCACCUCGGUACCUGGGCAGCCCGCACAAGAUGGCUGUCCGCAACAGGAGGGAGGAGGGGAAAACACUAACUCCAUCAGCUCGAACGGAGAGGACUCAGACGAGGCCCAAAUGAGACUCCAGCUGAAAAGGAAGCUGCAGAGAAAUAGGACAUCCUUUACCCAAGAGCAAAUCGAAGCCCUUGAGAAAGAAUUUGAGAGGACCCACUAUCCCGAUGUGUUUGCGAGAGAGAGACUAGCUGCUAAAAUAGACCUGCCUGAAGCAAGGAUACAGGUGUGGUUUUCCAACAGAAGGGCCAAGUGGAGAAGAGAAGAGAAGCUGAGGAACCAGCGAAGACAAGCCAGCAACACUCCCAGCCACAUUCCCAUCAGCAGUAGUUUCAGCACAAGCGUUUACCAGCCGAUCCCACAACCAACCACCCCCGUUUCCUCUUUCACAUCAGGUUCCAUGUUGGGCAGGACGGACACGGCGCUCACGAACACGUACAGCGCGCUGCCGCCCAUGCCCAGCUUCACCAUGGCCAACAAYCUGCCUAUGCAACCCCCGGUACCCAGCCAGACCUCCUCCUACUCUUGCAUGCUGCCCACCAGCCCCUCGGUGAACGGCCGGAGCUAUGACACCUACACCCCUCCUCACAUGCAGACACACAUGAACAGCCAGCCCAUGGGCACCUCUGGCACCACUUCCACAGGUCUCAUUUCCCCUGGAGUGUCAGUUCCAGUUCAAGUUCCUGGCAGUGAACCUGAUAUGUCUCAAUACUGGCCAAGAUUACAGUAAAACAUGUGUUAAUUCCAUAAAUGACUAUAUGGACAACAGUUGGAUG